UUAUUUUUAAAAGAAAACAUUAGAAAAAGUCCAAAAUUAAAGUAAAACCGAAUUGACGACGGUAUCACAAUGUUCUCUCGAAUUCACGACGGUAUCACAAUCGCAGUUCAUACUUCAGCUUCUCUUUCCAGCAAUUCGGCGGGCGCGACGCUCCGAAUAUGUCUACCAGUUCACAUUACAGUAGCUGCAACUCUCGUCGGUUCAAGUUCUGACGAAAUAGUUGAUCGGGUGAUUGGAUUGGUUAAGAAAUUCGAUAGAGUCGUUGCCUGUAAGGAGACUCGUUGCAGUCGACACUUCUGCCAUAUAUGCUUGCAGGGGUUGAGAUUUUUGGUGCUGCAACCUGAGGAUACCAGAAGUAUACGUGCGGAUGCCUCCUCCAAACGACGAUAAUUGCAGCUGUUUGCGACCUGCAAAAUGAGCAGGUCGACAGCGUAUGUUCUUUGGUGUGCGAAGAAUCUUGAUGGAACAGACCUUUUCAAAGCUCUGUGUUGCAUGAAAACGGGAUGGAAUAUCAAUAAUGAAGUCUCCAAAUUCAUCUGUGAUUCCACGUACCCAAUCAGAAGAUUUGCUGUUUUUGUGGCACCUCACACCCACCAUGGCACCUGCAGUGAUUGAUAUUCAUCAGAAAGGCCAUGCAUGAACUUGCGGUUCAUCACCAUGCAAACAAGCUUCACAAAGAAGAGAGCCUGUGACCAAAACCGUGGACAGUCUCUCCUCGCCAUAUCCUGCUGUCUGCCUCCAUUCGUCUCGACUCAACAGAUCGGAUAAUGGGGUCACAUGUUCCGCAGAUUCGACUACCAUCAGAAAUCCAUCGGCAAAAAGGAGGAAGAAGAAGAAGAAGAAACAAUGGUAGAAGCUGCAAACUCCGGUCAGCAUCUUCUUUCUUUAGGCUUUAGGAAACUAAUAUGAUCACACAAAUCAAUCUGACACCAUAUUAGAUGCAUAUUCCUUGGUUUAUAUAAUCUAUUUAGAACGAGACAUCUUCCAUUUUCUCGACAUGUCGAAGUUACCGAAAUACCCUUUCUGGGUUUGACAUUGGUUACUUUAUGUGUUGGAUUUUGACCAUCUUCCCCUCUUAGGGGUAGGCUUUUACCAGAUGAAAAAGAUGGGUUCUAUUUUAUGUGAAUUUGACCAGAAGGCUGCUCCAUUAAGAUAGUAUUUGAUUCAUA